UCCAAUCAGAGUGGAGGAUCUGACGUCCCUUCGUUGCCGUGACAACGAGGUGCACACGCUUUAGCUGGCUCCCUGUGGCGGUUUGGUUCGGGCCCAUGUCAUGUCGCGACAAAAGAAUCCAAGUUACAAGGGCCAUGGAUUGUCAAAAGGAAAAGAGCGAGAACAGAGAACAUUAAUCCGGUUCAAGACCACGCCCAUGAACACGCUCAUGGACGUUCUGCGCCGCAGGCCCGGUUGGGUAGAAGUGAAAGAUGAAGGCGAGUGGGAUUUCUAUUGGUGUGACCUCAGCUGGCUGCGGGAGAACUUUGACCACACCUACAUGGGUGAGCACGUGAGGAUCAGCCACUUCCGGAACAACUACGAGCUUACCAGGAAAAACUACAUGGUAAAGAACCUGAAGCGGUUCCGGAAGCAGCUGGAGCGCGAGUCGGGGAAGGUGGAGGCAGCCAAGUGUGACUUCUUUCCCAAAACUUUUGAGAUGCCCUGCGAGUACCACCUGUUCGUGGAGGAGUUCCGCAAGAACCCCGGGAUCACCUGGAUCAUGAAGCCUGUUGCUCGAUCUCAGGGGAAGGGCAUCUUUCUCUUCCGGAGACUGAAAGACGUCAUGGACUGGAGAAAGGACACAAGAAGUUCUGAAGACCAGAAAGAUGAGAUGCCGGUGGAGAACUAUGUGGCUCAGCGUUACGUGGAAAAUCCCUACUUAAUAGGAGGCCGAAAGUUUGACCUGCGCGUCUAUGUGCUGGUGAUGUCGUACAUCCCUCUGCGAGCUUGGCUGUACCGCGAUGGCUUCGCCCGCUUCUCCAACACUCGUUUUACACUGAAUACCAUCGAUGACCAUUAUGUUCACCUUACCAAUGUUGCCGUGCAGAAGACAUCUCCAGACUAUCACCCAAAAAAGGGCUGCAAGUGGAUGAUUCAGCGCUUCCGGCAGUACCUGGCAUCCAAGCAUGGUCCUGAGGCUGUGGAGGCGCUCUUCCGUGACAUGGACAACAUCUUCAUCAAGAGCCUGCAGAGCGUGCAGAAGGUGAUCAUCAGUGACAAGCACUGCUUUGAGCUGUAUGGUUAUGACAUCCUCAUUGACCAGGACCUCAAGCCGUGGCUCCUAGAAGUCAAUGCGUCUCCUUCACUGACGGCCAGCAGUGAGGAAGACUAUGAACUCAAGACCUCUCUGUUGGAAGAUACCCUGCAUGUGGUGGACAUGGAGGGCAGGCUCACAGGAAGGGAGAAGAGAGUCGGGGGCUUCGACCUCAUGUGGAAUGAUGGCCCUGUCAGCAGAGAGGAGGUGCCUUCUGACCUACUGGCAAUGGGGAACUUUGUGACCAACACUCACCUAGGCUGCGUCAACGAUCGGAAGGAGCAGCUGAGGCAGUUGUUCUGGUCCCUUCAAAUGCAGAAGAAAGCUUCUGGCUGACCCCAGCCAGGAGGCAUGAGGACCUGGGCAGGUGCCACCCUGGCCUCUCACAGCAGGUCUCCAGCACAGCUCAGGAUGCUGCUGACAUUUUGAUGUCUCUUUGGUCAUGGUGAAGAGUCCUCUGGGCUAGGAAGUUUGUCUU